AUGGGCGGCGAGCUCGACAUCAAGGACCUCGAGGUCAUCUGGAGCGAGCUCAACAAGGAGGAGGGCGUGCAGUGGGGCGUGGAGGACACGGUCGUCCUCACCGACUUCCCGGGUCACAUGAAGCUCCAGCCCAAGAACUACAUCCUCGUGCCGCAGAUGUCGUACAAGUCCAACAUACGGCCCCGCGACGACCAGUUCCUCCUCCUCAUGAUUGCCGUCCUCAAGGACCUCGAGACCGAGACCAACUUUGCCAACCACAUCGCCAGCCUCGACUGGGACAAGCUCCAGAUCUGGACCUCGCUCGACGAGCACUCGACCAACGAGCGCAACUCGUACCUGUGCAACGCCGUCAAGAUCUGCGCCGAGUACCGCAUCGACAUCAAAGCGUUCACGGGCAACAAGCACGCCUAGCAGUCGUCGUUCGACCGCUGCAGCGAGUACGACGUGUUAAGCGAGAUGAGGCACACGAGGAGCGUAGAGAGCGAGGUGCGGGCGAGGCGGACGAGCCUCGACUUGCAGGGUCGAGCGGCGGGCAUGUGCAACUAUUCCUUCGGUUCUCU